AUGAAAAAGUACGGAUUGAAAAUCAGGGUUCGGUCCGAGAAAAAGAAUUCAUCAUUAGCUCGACCUCCACUUCCUCCUACUCCAUCAAUAUUUGAUGAAGAUGAAGAAAACGAUGUAGACAAGGAGAUUUCUCGCCAAGCUUUAAAGACCAAUGCUCUUAAGGAAAUUGAGGAGCAACAUAAGAAAGAUUUGGAAGAGGACUCUUCUGCUUUUGCAUACGAUGAUGUUUAUGAUGCCAUGAAACAGAAAGUAGUUCUUCCACGAAUGCAUGAUCGUCAAGAGCGCAAGCCAAAGUAUAUCCGGAAUUUGAUGAAACAAUCAGACCGUAGAAAGAAAGAGAAUGAAAUAGUUUUUGAGAGAAAGCUUGCUAAAGAGAGGGAAAAAGACGAACAUCUUUUUGCAGAUACAGAAAAGUUUGCAACUGGUCCCUUUAAAAGGAAACUUGAAGAACAAAAUAAAUGGCUGGCAGAAGAAAGAUUGAUUGAACUUCGAGAGGAAAAAGAUGAUGUUACAAAAAAGAAAGACUUCAUGAGUGAUUUCUACUUCAACAUUGGCAAAAAUGUGGCAUUUGGAGCUCGAGAUAAAGAGACAAAAAGGCUCGACGAACAAAUAAAAGCAGAGGAGUUCGAGGAGCUGAGAAAAGAAGAGACAAGGGAAGAGAAUAAAUCAGAUACACCGGAGAAGGAAGUAUCGCUUAGUAGGACAAUUAUGAAACCGCAAGAAGCAGAGGAUGCAACAUUUGAGAAGAAGAUGGGUUCAAAUGGCACAGAAGAGCGAGACUCAUCAAUCAAAGCGGCAGCAAAAGAAAAACCGAAAGCCACUUACCAACACAGGAACGUCAAGGAUGCGAUUGCGGCUGCUAAAGAACGCUUAUUGGCCCGGAAGAAGGCAAAGAUAGAAGGAUAG